UCAGCUCUGCAAGUUUCUUGUGCGCGUCCCUUUGUUGUACUCCAAAAGUCGACGAAGCUCUCCAGUUUAAAACCAAGUAAAAAAAAUUAACCGAGAUGUUUUUCAAUUUGAUUUUAUUGAAUCGUCAACACCAGGCUCGGUUUGGUUAUGCUUGGAUUGCAGCUACCCUUGGCAUCAAGCGUUUAGCCAGGAAAGAUGUCCUUGCAUUGGACAUCUGCAAAAUAUGCGACGAAAUUGCCCAGUAUGUCUGUUCGGAGUCCGAUUCACCUCGAUCGCGCUUUUCCCUUCGACUAUCAGCUGUGUUGAUCAACGGAAUUACGAAGAUUUACAGGCAAAGGGCUGUUUAUUUUAUGGAGGACUUGGUUAAGUUUAUGACAAGCAUAUCGAGGCCUGCAGUGGUGGUUCUGCAUUUUUCACCUGAGGAAGGUAUGUUUCCGACUCCUCCAACUCCUGUUCCAAGGAAGAAAGGUAAGAAGCGACGUUUACCUUCUGAAGUGAGUACUCCCCAAAGCCAGAUUGAUAGACUUGUGAGUAGCAUAGUGGCUAAAGAAAACACACAAGUGGAGGCUAUUGUUGCUCCAGAAUCCCUCAUACUCCAAGCACGGGCUGAUGAAGUAACAUUACAUGAAGGACAGGUACAGCGUGAGGCUACUGGUGAUGAAUUUGGGAUGCUGGGAGUUCUGCCAACUGAGGAAGAUUUAAUAAGAGAUAUCUCACAACUGGAAGAACCUAGGCCCCAAUCAUUCUUAGCUCUUCAGCCAAAGGAAGAAUUUCCAGAACCAUCCGCCGCAACAAUUUUGCCACUAACUCUAUCAGAAGAACCACCUAGAAAACAACCAGCAAGAGUACCAACGUCUACUUCUUCAUCUGAACCGGAAGUCGCUCCGGUGACAAUAACAGUAGAAGCUCUCAUUCAUGCACCCGCAGAUAUAACAAUACCACCGGCAGGUCCACCAAGAGUACGAGGGCGCCGUGCACCGACCCAGCCUUCUGAAAUUAUAAGCGAAAUCGUACCAGUUAGUGAAAUCACACAGGUACCGACAGAAGAAGUGCUUGCCGUUCCACAAGAACAAAGAGUUUCAAUAGAAUUAACAGAAAGAGUGCGACCGCGUUCGGUUGUGGUAGCGAUGCAGGAGGAGGCUGUGACGCAAAGAGAUAAAAAGAUUGCUACUCGUAAGGAGAAAAUAGAUAAAGAUCUAAAAAAAAUAUUAAUUUCGAUUAAACCUAGACGAAUGGUCCGAAUUGAUCGCUGUGAACCUAAAGAAAUAGAAUGGAUUGACAUAAAUCCCUGUCCAUUACCCCAAUUUAAACUAAAAACCCCAAAUACGACAAACUUGUUAGAUAUGUAUCUAAUUGGAGAACCGAUCGAUUUACAAAUGCGCCACAAAGUCUCACAGGGAAGUUUAGAACGCUCUGCCAGUUUGAGAAGAAAGUCGGGACGUAUGACACCCCCUGCUGAGCUUUCUGGAGAUGGAAGGGAGGUACCGCCUGUGGCCGAACGAGUCGAGGAAUCUUCACUAAUUCCAGAAAUACGGAUUUCUGAAGUUGGACAGGUUCCAGGUGAGGUUUUGGUAUCGAUUGUUGAAGAGCAAGUGAUGAUUGAAACUCCUAAAGUUGCUACCGAAAGUCGAGUGGAAGUGAUUCCGCCGUUGAUGGCGUCCACACCUGUGAGAAGAAAAAGCACCGAAAUAGAACAAAAAACUAUCGAAGAAGUGAUGGCUGCACCAGCAGAAGAACAUCUGCUAGAGUCUCCUAGAAAGAAACGAAGGCUUUUCCUUGAGGUUGAAGCCCAGCCUGAAGAUCUAGAUUUUAUAACUAUACCGAGUGAGAUAAUAUCGCGCGAAUUAACAUCUGAGGCUGCUUUGUUUACUCAGGAAUCCUUUGACUCUGUACCAUUGCCUUUGUUGACCACUCAGAAGCGUCAGCAAGAAAUUGUCAACAAAGUAUUCAGUAGAGGACGUUUGACGCUAGAAGAGAUUUGUCAAAGACCUAUUAAUAGACUCAAUAUUGCCCGGGCUUUCAACGAUAUUCUCAUUUUGUGUAAACACCGUUAUGUGACGCUAAUACCUGAAGAUGAUUCAUCGGAAUUCAAGUUCGUGGAAAGGGGAUCUAAAAUGGGUCAUUAAGAUUUUUUCGUUAUUAAAAAUUAAAAUUAUUUUAAUAUAUAUAUUUUAAUAAGUUAAAAAAUUGCUUAUAUUUUGAUGUUACGUUUUGUGUAUUAUUUAUUUAUUUAUUUAUUGUUCAGCAUGUACCUAUGUAAUGUGUUCGUUGUUGUAUAAGACUUGGUUUGUAAAAUGUUCUCAUCACUAUUAAAUGUUUUGUAAGUA